AUGGAACUACCCGCCAAACAACCAGCCUCGACACGAGCUCUCGCCCUGCCCGAGAUCAUCACAUCAAUAAUGCACCAAAUGGACAUGCGCACACUAAUCACCGCCCAACGCGUCUGCCAAACAUGGAAUAAUCUCAUCAAAUCUUCACGAUCACUACAACAAGCCCUCUUCUUCCUCCCAGAUGAUACUCUAGACCCCACCAAACCCCGAAUCUACAACAACCUCCUCGCAGAAAUAUUCCCCUCAUUCUUCCCCCACAUCACCAGCACUUCAACCGAACAAACAACCCUCACAUCCAUAACAUUCGUCUCCAACCACAAACCCCUCAAGAAAUAUCUCCAACCCGAAGCAAGUUGGCGACAAAUGUUAACAACCAACCCGCCAAUCCGCACAAUCGGACACCUCUCCUACGCAACGGGAAUGAUGGGCUUAACCUGGACCCAACAAAAAGCCUUACCCCAGAAGCACGGCCUCCGCAUGGGAACAUUAUUCGAAAUGCUUAUUAGCUUGGAUCGAUAUGAUUGGAACAAUUCGUCUAUAUGGAUUAGUUUCGGGGGUGAAAGGCCCGUGAAUGCACCGUCGGAAUUGUUUCAGACGGGUUAUUCGUUGAAUGCUGAUAGGAUUAAUGAGGAUUGGCAGCUCAUGUUGCAUGAGAUGGAUUUUGUGCUUGUAAGUGGUGGAAAUACGGAUUGUACUGAUCCUACGGAAGUGGAUGAUCCGGAGUGGGUGAAGAGUGAUGACGAGGUUGUUUGGGAGGGGGUUGUUGCUUGUUAUGAGGAGUUGGGGGUGAAGAUGUCUGGUUUACCGAUGGAGACUUAUAAUGAAGGGUGGGCGAUGUGGGAGUAG